AAAAAGAUGUGUUUGCUGGUGCUGGAGACGUUAUUCAGAUUAUUCAAAGAUUAAAUCGCGCGUCCUUCAGCGAGAGUAGUGUGCGUGUUAUAUGUUGCCAGGGGAGAGCAGUAAGGAUGGGGCUUCGUGUGAACAUUAUUGUGGCGGUCUCUGAGAAUUAUGGCAUUGGCAAAGGCGGUGAAUUACCCUGGAAGUUGAGAGAAGAGAUGAAGCAUUUUGCUCGAAUGACAAAGAGAGUGCAUUCUCCAGACAAGCAAAACAUGGUACUCAUGGGACGCAAGACAUGGGAAUCCAUUCCCCAUAAAUUUCGACCGCUUCCAGGACGCUUGAAUGGCGUGCUUUCAUCCCAAAUCAAACAACAGCAAGACUCUUGUGACAAAGUUAUUUUCUACCAAAACUUUGAAGAUGCAUUAAAGGCAGCCAACAAUCAAAGUUCUGAGGUAGAGGCAGUAUGGAUCAUUGGAGGUCAUUCUCUGUACAAGAUGGCUCUACAAUCUGAGCAUCUUCACCGUAUAUAUCUGACUAAGAUUCUGAAGGAAUUUGAAUGUGAUGUUUUCUUCCCAACCUUUGACAUUAAUCAGUUCAAAUUAGUGGAUCAUCGCGAGGAACAAUGGCCUACUGCAUUUCGGACUACCUGCAAAUCGCCGCGUGAAGUCAAGCUACCAAGCUACCCACUAUCCAAGGAGGUAUCCCCUGCCCGUUUCUUCCCCACCCUACUGAUGGAGCAGCCCGUGGCCCUGCCCUUCCACGAGGACACCUCCCUGCAAAGUUACGUUAAUAAUCUUACCUCAUUGUCACUUACACUGACACUGGCAGCCUGGCAGGGCUCUCACUUAUUGAGAAAAUUUCCUCGUAUAUGAAUAUUCAUUGUCAUCUGAGGAGAAAUUCAAAGAAAUUCUAAGGAAAUUUAGUACAAAAUGGCUGGAAAAUCGGUAGAAAUUAUACAUUUGCUCAAGGAAAUGUUAUACAUAAGCUAUGCAUAUUAUUAUAUUUUCCCCAUGAUUUUCUCUUCUUUUCUCAAGAUAGGAUAAGUUUGAUAAAAUUUCACCCUUUGUCAAUGUACAACUCAACUUUCUUUUUUCAUAUUCUUGCCUCUCAGUUUUUCUUAAAGUUUCUACAUAUCCUCAUAUCAAACAAAAUUAAAUCAGAUUAACUUUGCUUUUUUUUUUUUAAUGUAAGGGAGAACCGUCCAAGGGCAACAAAUAUUGUGACUGAAAAAAAAAAAAAAAGCCCACUGAGGUGCCGGUUCCCAAACAAGUUAAUUAGGCAG